AUGACUUCGUCACCCGCCCCCGGCGAUCCGCCAUCCAUCAAGCGUGAACGCGAAUCGUCCCCAUCGCCCGACAGCAUCAAGCGUCGCAAGCUCGAGCUGGCAGAGAAGCUCGCGACAAUGGAACCUGGCUUGCUGGAGGCUCGGUACAAAGUUGUUUAUCAGAACGCGGAUGAAAUGGCACUCAAUCGAGUCAAUACGGAAGAAAAUCUGGAAGACGCCAGACUGGCUCUCAAUUCUGCCAAAGAAACCGUGGACGCCGCAGAGAGAGCUCACGCUAAUGCAACUGAGAAGUUUCACGACGCGGACAACAGACUCGAGAAUUGGGACGAGGUGAAGAAACUUCGCCGUUGGAUGACCAGACAGAUUGAGGACAUGCGAGAUGUAAAAACGUGGGAGAUCGCCCUGAAUCGUGUGCAGCGUGCAUUCGAGGUUGCCCAACGUCGUGUGGAAUGCAUCGAAAAAGUCAUCGAUCGAACGCUUGAUAUCUUGGACGUCAAGGAUCUGGAGUUUGUGGUUGGAGACGAAGACUACCCUGUGUAG